GUCGGGAGAACUUUUAAUGGAUAAGAUGCCUUUAAAUUGCUUAGUACAGUGUCUGGGCCAUAGUAUGCAUUCAGCAACUUGUAGUUAUUAUUUUGAUCUUAGACGUCUCAAUGAUUUGGGAUUCUGUUUUCUCAUUUUCAGAGGAAGAAACAGGUCACCGAUGGACCCUGAGGCUCCUGCCAGCCCUGACAAUCUCCUAUUUCAAGCAGGCAUCAAAUAAAUAUUUGCUGAACAAACAGACAAAAUAAACUCUCUGUCCAAGGGGCCCGGCCAAGCGCCCACCAGAGAGCCAGCCAGGACACAGGUCACAUUCGGGCGCUGGUUCCACACGCCAGUGUUUGGGGGUGGGGAGCACACCACACUCCCCAUCCAAGACCAACAGGCGCAGCUGAGUGCGAGUUGAGAGUUUGCGAUCUUAGCUCCUCCCGCAGUCAAGUCCUUGGCCUCGGCCAGCUUAUCUCUCCUCCAAGGCCCCGCCUGCCGCCGGAAUCGCUUUCCCCAGCCAGCCCGGCGGCUUCCCACCUCCACCGACGCCCGCCACGCCCCUUCCGGCCGAGGCCCCGCCCACCGGCUUCGCCCACGGCCCCGCCCCUCCGCGAGCUCGGCGCGCGGUCCUCUCAGCGCUCGCCGGCGGCCGCGUCCACCCCCGACGCUCUGAGGUCACCGACGGGGCCGGGCUGCGGGGGGCGGAGGGACGGAGGGAAGAUGGCGGCCGAGGCCGGAUAUUGGCGCCGCCUCCCCCAAUCCUGGAGCCGGCGCAGAUGAGGCGGCUCGGCUGGGGCCAGCGGCGCUUCGGAACCGGAGCUGGGGGGACCCUGGCGGUGGGGCCUGGCCCUGCUGUAUGCCGGCGCCUCGGCUAGAGUGAGCGGCGGCGGCGGCGACGCCUCUUUCCCCGGCGCUGAGUCUGAGCGGGCGGCAGGCGGCACAGGCGGCGGGGCCGGGAUGGAGGACGUUAACUCCAACGUGAAUGCGGACCAGGAGGUGCGGAAGCUGCAGGAGCUGGUGAAGAAGCUGGAGAAGCAGAACGAACAGCUGAGGAGCCGCUCGGGGGCCGUGCAGGGCGUCGGCUCCCUCGGGCCCGGCAGCCCGGUUCGGGCCGGCGCGUCCACUCCCUCCUCCGGCACGGCGUCCCCUCGGGGCUUCCCCUUGGGCCUCAACGCCAAGUCGGGCAGCGGGGUCGGGUCGGGCCCGAGGCGGACGAGUAGCGAGGAGCUGCGGGACGCCACCUCCUUGCUGGCCGCGGGCGAGGGCGGCUUGCUGGACGAGGUGGAGCCGCUGCGGCCCGAGGAGCUGGAGCGCCUGUCAGGCUGGGAGGAGGAGGAGGAGAGCUGGCUGUAUUCAUCACCAAAGAAAAAACUUACACCAAUGCAGAAAUCAGUUAGUCCACUAGUUUGGUGCAGGCAAGUUUUGGAUUACCCAAGUCCUGAUGUCGAAUGUGCUAAAAAGUCUCUUAUCCACAAACUUGAUCAAACUAUGUCAGCUCUCAAGAGGCAGAAUUUAUAUAACAAUCCUUUCAACUCCAUGAGUUACACAAGUCCUUAUAGUCCAAGUGCAAGUAGCCCAUACAGCAGUGGUUUCAAUUCUCCAUCUUCAACCCCAGUGCGACCUCCUAUAGUCAAACAGCUAAUACUUCCUGGAAAUUCAGGUAAUUUGAAAAGUUCAUCAGACAGAAAUCCUCCACUCAGUCCUCAAUCCUCUAUAGACAGUGAGUUAAGUGCUUCAGAAUUAGAUGAAGAUUCAAUUGGAUCCAAUUAUAAGCUAAAUGAUGUAACUGAUGUACAGAUUCUAGCUCGGAUGCAAGAAGAAAGUCUCCGGCAAGAAUAUGCAGCCACCACAUCUCGGCGCAGUUCUGGUUCAUCUUGCAAUUCUACAAGACGGGGUACUUUUAGCGAUCAGGAACUUGAUGCGCAAAGUUUAGAUGAUGAAGAUGACAAUAUGCAUCAUGCAGUAUACCCUGCUGUUAACAGGUUUUCACCAUCACCACGCAAUUCACCUCGACCAUCACCUAAGCAGUCACCCAGAAAUUCACCUCGUUCACGAUCUCCUGCUCGGGGAAUAGAAUAUAGUAGAGUGUCCCCACAGCCUAUGAUUAGCCGCUUACAACAACCUCGCCUUUCACUUCAAGGUCAUCCCGCGGAUUUACAGACAAGCAAUGUUAAAAAUGAAGAAAAACUAAGACGCAGUCUUCCAAACCUGUCCCGAACAUCUAAUACACAAGUUGACUCAGUGAAAAGCAGCAGAAGUGACUCAAAUUUUCAAGUGCCAAAUGGAGGAAUACCUCGCAUGCAACCUCAGGCUUCAGCCACUUCGCAAAGGCUGAAAAAUUUGCCUCGUACUUCCCUCAAAGCCAAACAGUUGCUUCAAACUUCAUCUACAAAAAGAGUACCUUCUCCAGGCAAAUUCCGCUCCCCUGCAGCACCGUCUCCUUUGGCUCUCCGGCAACCAGUAAAAGCAUUUAGUAACCAUGGCUCUGGUUCUCCUGGUAGCCAAGAAACAACACCGCUCACACAAAACACCUCUUCACCUGGGCCGCCCAUGGUUCAGAACACAGUCCCAGCAAAUCCUCCCCACAAUAUCAACAGCACUACUUUAACCAGACCUGCAGGGACGACAGCGAUGAGAAGCGGCUUGCCCAGACCCAGUGCCCCUUCUGCUGGGGGUAUACCAGUGCCUCGCAGCAAACUUGCACAGCCUGUGCGCAGAUCCUUGCCAGCUCCUAAAACCUAUGGUAGCAUGAAAGAUGACAGUUGGAAAGAUGGCUGUUACUGACCAGCAGAGAUGAGAAUGCAGAGGUCCACAGCUUCAUGGAUACCCCUUCACCAGGCUAAAAGACAACUUUUAUAUGCAGACUGUUCAGAUAAGACUCUGGGGAUUGAUAAAUCCCAGCCCUCUCUGUCUUAAUUAGCACAAACUGACAGAGAUGAUCAAGCAGCACUUUAAUGACAUUUAACAUCAGAUGUGUUUGGUAAUCAUGCAAUCACUCUCCAUGGAAUCACAUUUAGUUUUGUUUAAUAGAAACUAAGUUGAUUUUUUAAUAUUUGACAGAGGCCAAUAUCUGGGCAAAAAACUAACGGAUGCCAAAGAGAAAUGCCCAUUUGUAAAUGAGAGAAUACCUUUGUGCACAAGAAAAUGGUGAAUUCAAGCUAUCCAAAACUUCACAUUCAACCUAAUUUACUGUAUAAAUAGUAUCAAUAAAUAUUUGUGUUAAUGAGAACUAAUAUCCUGACUAAUUAUGUAAAAUGUUUCACUAGUACUCCAAGAAACUAGAUUGAGAUAGAAGGGAGGGUGGGGGUAGGAAGAAAUCUAGGCUAGGGAUUUCAAACGUGAUACCUAAAUUUGUGAGAAUUCUAUAAAUUAUUUUUUGCAGAUUCACUGGGAAAACUGUCGUUUUGUUUAACCUUACGUUUUGGAUGUAGCUCACGUAUCACCAUCGCGAGAUAAUGUUACACCGUGCAUCCACCACGUUGCAUUGACACAUCGGACUUCUGUGUGUUUGUUUUGAUUGCCAAAAGGGCUUAAUAUCAGUUGUACAAUCUUUCUAAACUUUAUAGCUCCUGGCUCAGGAAAGAUAGCCUUUGCUAUUGAAGCCAACUUCUUCACAUGCUAUUAUAUCUGUUUAGAGAACUAAGAGAUCUUGUUUUUAUUAACAGGUUACCAUGAUAGGAAAGAGCAAGUAGUAUGUGUCUUUAUUCUUGAUAUAAACACCACCGCCUCAGUGCUUACAACCUGGAACAAAACCAUACAAUGAGAGAGAGGGGGAAAAAAAAUCUAUGCACUUAACUUACAAAAUCUCUGGUAAUGACAGUUGUAUUGUUACUAUUGACACAACGGUCUCUUAUGUGGUAGGAAGGUAUAGUCUGCUGAAUCCUACUUGAGUUGAUCCACUUUAAACUAGGUAACUGUAUAAAACAUCCUUGAAAAUACUGUCCCUUUUGACUUAGAUUCUGCCUUACGUUAAUUUUUACAUUUUUGGUAACAAAGGAAACCCACUAUAUAUGACUCUAACCUGUUAAAUACUUGCUGUCUAGUGGCCCUUAGGUAUAUCCUGGAAAUCACUUAUUUUGGUUUUCCUAGACAAUUACCAGACUAAAACUUUCUUCAGCAGGCUUCUCCUUUUUCAUGGUGAGGUCUGUUUUGAAAUAUUUAAUUUAAAUGGCUCUGAAAUAUUGGCUGUCAGGUCACCUAAAGGAUUUGAGCGAUUUGAACGAAAGUUCAUUUCCUGUUAGUCAAAGACAUUCUGUAAGUUGGCAAAAGAUAUUGAGAGAGAAAUGAGAAACUUGAUAUUCAGGAUAGCGUUGAGGUUGAUAGGUUGAGAAAUUGAUAAAACUUUUAAAACCAAGACCCCCAUUCUGCCAUGACACCUUGGUAUUUUUUAUUAGCUUGACCAAUAGGGAGUCAUUCAGUUAGCCCAGCAGCUGGAGAUUGAAACUGCCAGUGCUAAUGUAUUUUGGUGUACAAUGCAAGGAAGAAAUUUUAUCCUUGACUAUGAGGGUGAUGGGUGUGGGUCAGGAAAGGGUGGCGCCAGAAUUCCACAUGAUGAUGUACUAAAAAAAUGUUGCUUUUCAGAGGAAGAUAAAGAAAGCAUCUGCUUCGGGUGGGGGGUAUCUCAUGUAAAAAAUCUUAAGUAAAACGACUAGCCACUGUCUCUUUUUAAAAUCAUAUAUACACAAAACAAAAUAGGUCUCAGUUUCAGUGCAACAUUGCAAAAGAAAAAUAUGCUGCAAUCUAAUAAUUACAAGGAAUUUUAACUCUAUUUGAAAUACCCAUUACAUUAAGUUAGAUUAUCUGUUUCAAAAGGAGUAUUCAGGUUAUUUAACUUUGUUUUUAAAUGGCUGCAUCAGAAAAAAAGUCUAUUUUUUUUUUAUUAAAAUAUUUCAUCACUUGUUAAAAACGUAUUUGGAUCUGAGUUGGGUAAAACAUUAUUUUACCUGCUGUUGUACGACCACAGACUAUUGGCUUUUAGGUUCCUAAAGAGAAAAAUUGCCUUUUUACUAGAAAGCCUUUGUGUAUUGCCAAUUUUUCUGUUUGGGAAAAUCUAAGGAUUCACUGUGGUUAGUCUUACAGAAGAAAUGUGGAUUUGAUAAACUAGUGCCUAUGAUUUUAACUUAUGUUUGAUAUAUAGUAGUAAAGGUUUUAUGAAUGUUGAUUAUUUUUCUGUGCCAACAGCCCAGAAUUGUCACUUAUAUGUAAGCAGAAGGCUAUGAGCUCUGCUUCCAAAGUUAUUUAAUUUUCUCAGUGUUUGAAUGUUAUUUUUUUGUAAGUGUGUUAAUAAAAGUGUAAAAAAAUUGGAAAAAAAUAUAAAUAUUCUUAACUCAAGCAUUUGCUGGAUCAUUUUUCUACAGAACUUGUUUGUAUAAUAUAAAACACUCUCUGAAGAGUUGACUUUUUUCAGUUUUCAUGCCCUGGAAAUCACAUUUUGUAAAACUGGGGACCAUUCAUAAUUGUCAGAUACUUUUUAAAACUAUCUCAAUACAUCACUUUUAUAAAAAAAAAAAAAAAAAAGUUUUUUUGAAAGGAAAUUAGAUACAUAUUUGUCCCCAGACAUUUGUAUAACUCUAGAAUGAUCUAGACUAUGUAUGUUUAAAUUUUUAUUGAAUGUACAGACGUCCACUUUUGACAUUACGCAUGGUCCUUUUUAGAUCACAUGAAGUUUGAUUUGCAAACAUUUCUAUAGCUGAACUUGUAUGUGUGGUUGCCUCCUUAAUAAACAGCCUGACCAUAAUGUUUAUUAUUAAAUUUA